CUUCAAGAAAAUGACGGAUGAAAGAGAAAAUACCAUGGGCUGAUGGCGUGAUAUUUUGGCUUAAGACAUGGAGUCAAAGAACCAAGAGUCAGAUGAUUUCGAGUACCAGUCGGCCUUUGCUGCCCUGGAUGAACUCAGACUCGGUAGCUUAAAACCAUUUUUCAAGGAGCAAUUUUUGCAGGAUGACACUUUGUUUUUUAUGAAUUCCGAAGAAGAACUCAGAAACUUUCUUAUCAAGGAAUUAAGGUUGCCCUUUGGUCAAGGUUUUAAGUUCAGCAGAUUUUGGUUCACCAAGUAUCAUAAACGUGGAGGUCAGAACGUUUUUCUUAGAGAAACGUUAGAUGCCCCCACACCAGAAACAUCCGGCCCACCUCAGGACAAUGUACAGGUUCCUGUAAAGUCUGGAGAUGUUACAACCUUUAAGAACGUCCCGAAGAAAGAAGACAUCAGUGGUAGUCCAUUUAACCUGGCUCCAGCCAGCCUAAAGAAUGAAGACUCUACACAAAUAAAAGAGCCUCCGAUAUCCCAUCAGGUCACUGAAACUAUCAGUGAAAGGUCGAAUACUGCGACAACCUUGCGACAACCGGAAAAGGAAGAUGAAACUGCCGUCCAGUGUACACUUAAAGAGACUAACAAAAUUCCUCGGGAAACAGCACUGAGUGUUUCCGGGCUAAGUCCAGCCGGACACCGCCUUACACAAGAGCUUGGAGAGAAUCAGCAAGACCUCACAGGUGUUCAACAUGACAGAUCCAACCAGAAGUGUCAGUCUGAACUGGAGGAAAUGUUCCCUCAAACAACACCCAAAACAGACAGCACCUUAAUCAUCGAAAGUAGAAAUGACGAAGCUGAAAACGCGCAUUUUAUCGGACGUCUAGGCCCCAAAACUCCCAACGAGGUUUUUAAAGAAGGACAAACCUUUAAGGUUAUUCAAGAGACUGCUAAAGCCCUGCAUGGCGAAAACAGGGAUUCCAUCGAACCAGAAAACGCUCAGGGAAAUUUACUAAGUCCGUCGCCUACUACAGAAGACAAUGUUGCUGUUGACAUGCUCACGCACCAGACAGAUUUCGCCAUUCCAGCAGCAGGCAAUGCUUACAAAAAAGAGAGCGGGAACCAAAAUCUAACUAAUUGCGCUCAAAAUGAAGAGUCUGUCCUUGAAAGGCUUGAAGAUGAUGAUCAGGCUCAAGAAGAAGCGUGCAAAACGGAAGACCACGAGCGCGAGGAUUCCAGACCUUAUCAAAGAGAUCACAAAGCCCAAGAUUCUGACAGUACAAUUUCCUUCAGCAAAUCCCAAGAAGAGACCAUAGAGAAAGAAGCGCCAUCUUCAUUUCUAAAAGAGGGAUUCUUGAAAGUAGAGUCUGUUGUUGUCGCCCACCCUGAAGAUGAAACAAGUAAAUUUGAUGGACUUGAUGAAGAUUUCAAGACAGCAAUAGACUGGACUAAUGUUCCAGAGCAUGCAGCCCUAAGUUGGAGCGAUGCUACAGCAACUGAGAGUCAAGAAAAUACCACAAAAGUAGACGUCGCGAAUGAGCUCAAAGAAGAAGAUAUCAGUGACAGUCCAUGUGCUGCCACUCCAGCCAACACUAAGGGUGGUGACAAUGCACCCACAGAGAGGUCUCCAAUAUCCGACCAAGUCAUCGAAACUACCAGUAGAAGGUUGGAUACUGACAAAUUUACCAUGCGACAACCGGAAAAGGAAGAGGAAGCUGCUGUCCAGUCCAUUCCUCGUGAAACAGCAAUGAAUGUUUCCGUGCUGAGUCCAGUUGAAAGCCGCCUUACACAAGAGCUUCUAAGGAAUAAGCAAGACUCCACAAGUGUUCAAAAUGACAGAUCCAACCAAAAGUGUCAGUCUGGACUGGAGGAAAUGUUCACUCAAACAACGCCAAAGACAGACAGUAUCGUUGUCACUGACAACAUAAAUGACGAACCUGAGAACACACAUUUUUCUAUACAACUGAGCCCCAAAUCUCCGACCGAGGUUUUCAAAGACGGACAAACCUUAGAGGUUAUUCAAGAGGCCUCUAAAGUUUUUCGUGACGAAAACAGUACCGUUGAUAGCUGCAUCAGUGAUUCCAUGAAAUUACUGAUCAAACCAAAGGAACAAGAAAAUGGUCAGGGAGAUUUACUGAGUUCAUCGCCUACUACAGAGGACACCGAUGUUGUGACAGCAAACAACGAUCCUCCCCCAUCAGACGAUGAUGUUGAAAUACUCACCCAUCAGACAGAUCAACAAGUCCAAGAUCUUAAGGGUACUUCGUUCAGGAAAUCCCUAAAAGAAAACCAAGAGAAAGACGUGCCACCUUUAGCUGUAAAUAAGAGGUUUCUGGAAGUGGACUCUGUUGCUUUCGAUCACUGUGAAGAUGAAACGAGUAAACCUCAUAAGGUUGACAAAGAUUUCAAGGCGACAGUAAACCAGGCAGAUCUUUCAGACCUUGAAGUCCAGAGAGCGGGUGAUGCUGGAGCAAACGAGAGUCAGGAAAGUGCCGCAAAAGAAACCGAAGCUAGCGAAACGGUGGCUGCCGAUAAUGAGCCUGAAGAUAAGACGUCCUCAGAUCCGGAAACGGGCUCCUCCAAUGGAACAAUUGCAACGGAGCAUCGUGCAUUGUUGUCCGAUACACGGCACGGCUUGGUAACGAAUGAUUCUGACAGUUUCGCCCAAGAACGUGAGAAUGAGCUUGACGUUAAACAGGAAGAUAAAAUGGGCGAUAUGUUAGGAGGGUACACCAGUUUGAUUGACGAAAACGGCAAUAUUCCAAAACGUAACCCAACCACCAUGACAAAGACCUCAGCAAGUGACGUGGCUAUUUCCGACGUAGCGGAACCAUUAGUUUCAAAAGAAAAAGAUUCUGGUUCAGAAAAAAUGCAGCCUGGCAAAUUGGUUUCCAGUCACAAUGCAAAGGAAAGUAGUGGCACGUUCUUGAAACAAGAAAUUUCCAACCAGGGAAUCGGAGCAGAAGGAAAAAAUGAUUUGCUGGAGAUACACAACUGUAAGGAGGUUUCUGAACCAGUUUUAAAGUGCGUCCCAAGACCAUUUGGAGUCAAAGGCAAGGACACAUCUUAUCCAAAGGGCUUUGUCCUCGAUGCAGAAGAGAACAGGGAGGUGGAAUUUAAAUCUCUUACGAGUGCACAGCCUUCAUCACUUCCUUGGAAAAUCAUGGACAAAGCAAAAAAGUUCAUUUGCGCCUGCUUAAAUGCUGAUAGAAAAGGCAUCAUUUAUUUUGGAGUUGGAGACUGUCAAGAACAGAAUUCAAGGUUUAAACGAGGUGAGAUUCUCGGGCUUGACGUGGAAGAUGUAAUAGAUGACAUAAUGAAGGCUUUUCAAUUCGUCCUUGAUGAUCACAUUAAGAGUGAUGAUGGCCCCCUCAAAAAAGGAGGAGAUCAGAGCUGCGUCAACAUAGAGUUCAUUCCUGUAACGAGUGAGGGAAAUCGCACAAACUUGUGUGUCGUUGAAAUCGAGGUCUCUCGUGACUGGAAAUUGUGUAAAGACAAUGUUUACUAUAGCAAAUGUUGGACUGAGAAACGAGGAGUCAAGAUUGAGAAGGAUCUAUGUACAAAGAAACUCAGUGACUUUUACAAAGUGUACAAAGAUGAAUCUGAUGACGUUGCCAUUCGAACCAGUGGCGCAUCCAGCAGUGUGAAGCAGCAUGAAGUUAACAGACAGGUGAAAGAACCUCUGACGGCAAAGUAUAAAGAAUGGAAGAGGGAGACAAAACACGGUAUCAGUGAAUCACUCGAAGGCCCAAUCCCGGAUAUCGAUGAUUCUGACGUCAAGAGAUUCAGUACAUUGGUAAGAGACCGAUUGCGUGACGUGAACUCUAAAGACUUCGGCUACAUUUUAAUUGCCAACAAGUUGCCUCCCCAGUACAGAGGAACACCACAUCUGGCUUUCCUGCAAAACAUCCCUUGGCUUGCAGUAUUUGAUUUGUUUGAUGCUGCUUCCAAAAAGGAUGGCCUGCACUAUGUUUGGAACGAAACAACCGAUGCACCAAGAGCAAAACUCAGAAGCCUCGAUGACUUCAAAGAAGUUUCAUCUGAUUGGAUAUCUGGUAACGAUUUCACCCUUCCAACAAGAGGGACCACCUGGAUUUUGAAUAACGAAGAAAUGCAAAAAGGAGGUUGGAUAAAAUGUUGUAGAGACUGUGUUUAUCAAGCUCUCUCCGCUUACAAACGUUGUUUUCCUCCCGGACGGCUUUUGUGCGUCUUUCUUGGCCUUAGUGAGUGCGCCGUUAAAGAGAUGGUAGACAUCAUGGAGUGCUGUUUCAGUAUCUUCGGAAAUUCGGCAAGUAACUGUGUCACCAUUAUAAGUGAAAGCAAGCUUGUUGCAGAGGCAUUUAUAAAGUCUUCCGAACCUUCACUGCAGAAAGAACUUAGAGAAUGUUCCGUUUCCGGAAUUCCUUGGAGCCUGCUGAAAGAAAUCGUCCGUGAAAUGGUUGGGCCGACUAAGUUUGAAGAGAGAGGAGCAACAACUGAACUCCCGUAUUUCAGUGGUCAGCUCAAAGAAGUCCUUAACAAAGUGAUCCAUUCAUGGGAUGAUCUUGAAGUUUACAUUCCAAAUCCUAGACUGCCGAGUUCAGCAGAGGACAUCGAGAAAGCAAGGAAUGCCUUUUACAAGGGCGCCCAAGCAAGCCAAACCAACUUAUUUCAUAACCAUUGCAUCCCAAGAACACUUGAAGAGGAGACGAACCUGAAAAUUGAGCAUGCACUGAAGUCGUUGUCUAAACCUGGUAAGGACCCGGGCUGUCACGUCAAGACUGUCACUGUUCCCUAUGAACCGGGAUCAGGUGCAACGACCCUGUGUCGCAGAAUCCUGUGGAACAAACGAGAAGAAUAUCGUUGUGCUGUCGUUAAGGCAAUAACACCGGCUACAGAUUAUCAAAUCGAGCAACUGCAAGGAAUCAUUUACGAAGAAAAGAACAUUAACUUUUCACUUCCUGCUCUAGUUCUGGUUGAUAACUUCCCUGAGAAUGAAACCAGACGUUUAACGGAGAAGAUUGAAAAAAGACAGACCAAGUGCGUCAUUCUGUCAACUUUCCCGAUUGGAAAACUGAGUACUAACACAGACUUCGACAUAACUUCAUUGCGACAAUUAGAUGACAAGGAGAUGAGCCUUGUGAAAGAUAUCCUAAUCAACAUCACAAGUGACAGUGAACGAAGAAGAGGAGCAGAAGAAGUUCUUGAAAGGGAAAAGCGUUUCAUUUGGUUCGGGUUGGAGCUUUUCGGACGCGACUAUGACAAGAUCGAGAAAAGGCUUCAGAACCAUAUCAACAGUACCCUCGACUUUUUGGGAGAUUCCCAAGAAAUUCAUGAGAUGGUCCUUAAUUUCUGCUGCUUUCUGCAUUAUUACAGCGAUGGACGCGCUAUCCUUCCCCAUCCAGUUGCCAGUGACUUUCUUUAUGAAGCCAGUGAUGAAACAGGCGAAGAGUGCGCGUUAAUGCAAAACAUUCACAGGAUCUUUGGAGGACUUCUCCUGGAAGGAUACAAUGAAACAAAUGGUUACCACGGCUGGAGGCCAGCACAUUCUCUGGUCAGUGAGGUUGUAAAGUCUAGAAUAAACAUCGAAGACACUGCGAUUCUACUUUUGGAAAAGAUUCACAAAGGAAAAGCCUACGUGAACAAAUUCUUGAAGGAGCAAGUUUUCAAGCUAUUCUUGGAUCGCAAGAGAAUUUCCGAUACAGUUGUUCUGGAGGAUCUGGCACAAGAUGAUGGUAGUAUUGAUUCUGAUAUUGAGGCCGAAGUUGUUGGCUUCUAUGAAGUGCGCACCAGGUAUUCUCCUUUGAUAGUGGACAUCUUGGAGGGGGACAGUGGUAUUCGAGGAGCCCUCCGAUUACUCAUCGCAAUUUGCCAGAAGGCAUCCCAAACUGAGGAGAAGGCAUAUGCUUGGCAACAGUUGGCUCGGUUCAUGGGUUAUGAGAUGCGUGCGAAAGAAAUGGACUCAAAGGAUGACCUGCAUCAUCGUCUCUACUCCACUAUGAACAAGGAAGCAGACGUCAAACUGCCAAUGCCAGAAACAUGUAUCGAAGCAGCACACGUUGCGGUAGAUAUCGCCAUAAAUCAGCAGCCUAAGUACAGUCAUCACUACGUGACAAAAGGAGUUCUGUACCUUCUGCAGCUUAGAGACUUCAAGCCAGAGGAACUGCCUAACCUUCCCUGCUCGUUGCCUGUAGUGAUCGAUAUAUGUCGAAAAGCACUGGAAGUGUAUGACAAAGCACUUAGCACGACGAAUACUCUCAAUCACUACUCCAUGAUUGGAAAAAUUCAAGCCAUGGUCUCCCUUCUUGAAAUUGUAAAAGGAUUACCAUGUUUUCGUCUCGAGAGUGAAAGAUUUACAAGGUAUUUAAAGAAAUUCGAAAUUCCAAGAGAAAUGGAAGACACACUGAGGCAAGAAGAACACAGCUAUGUCCAGGAACUCAGUACUGGCACACUUGCUCUCUUCAACGAACUCUUCCGAGAUGUUAAGCUCCGAAUGACCACGUACGACGAGAACGAGAUCAGAGGCCUAAGUAAUGCAAAAAUAAGGGCAUCAAAACUGCGGCGAACCUUUUACGAAGUUACCGGUUUCGACAGAAGUGAGCUCAGUGAAGAGGACGUUCCGAUCCUUUCAUCCCCUUUGACGAGAGAUGCACCUGCUCUUUACCAACAGAUUGUUCAAGACAUUCUUUUCAAGCACGAUGAGACUCCGUACAGCUCCUGGGCCAACUUAGGAGAUGGAGAUGUGUCACUGAUUUACAAUCUGCUUAAACCACUUUGUCUUCGUGGUUUUGGGAGCCAAGACGAUCUCCUAAUUUGCUGCAAGGCCUGCUUGCGUAUGAAGGAAAGACCAUCCGUUGAUGAGCUUGACAAAAUUGUGAGCAAAUGGGUUGUCAGGUAUCCCAGUUCGGAAUGGGCUCACCUUUUCAACUACAUGAUCCACUUUCCUACUCCUAAUGGAAGCCUUGCUGCUUUCAGUCAUUCUGCAAAGUUGUCCAUUAAAAAGUGCGACAAAAUUGUACGAGACAAGACGGGAAAAGGAUUUCGGAAAUCGGCCGCUGAGUACUUCCUUGGAAAGGGAAUCGGGUUGUACGCCUUUGUAACCAGCCAAGAAUUUCAGACAAAGUGGGAAAAUAAGACCGACUUUUGGAGAAGUAAGGAUAUCUCUGAGAAGCUGGAACGAGUGUGCGGUCAAAAAGACGUCAAUUUCAAAGGUGUCAUAACGUACCAAGGAAUUCAGCUACGCUUUGACGACACACGUUAUCCAUAUGAAAGCAAAGAUGACUUGUGGUUCUACAUUGGCUUUUCUGUUGCCGGUCCUUAUGCGUAUGAUCCCGUCGACAACGACACCUACGCCAUUUUGAGCCGCGAGGCGGCAAAUCACAAAGACAACUAUGGCACGCCUGUCUCUAAAAGGGGAAAAUUCCGUGAGCCGAAGUAUUCAGCAACGAAAAGAAGUCAAGAGCCAGAUGUGACAAAAGCUGAGAACCUAGAUGUCCUAUCAGCUGACUUUUCCGGCUUUCCUUGCAGUAUUCCUGUAUAUCAAGAGGAAAAACCGAUCAGCUCGUCCAUGCCACAUAACCUUAACGCGGUACCCAGUAGCUGUCGUGACAAACCAACAAUGGUCCCAAAUCCCAAGUUGUCUUCAAGUUCCGAAGGUUUUUCAACUAGUAUGCUAUCGUGGGCCAGUGUUGAUGACCUUCAUCACCAAACUGUACCAAAGUGGGCGUCGUACGCUUCUGCCCUACAACUUGGAAGCUCAAGACGAGAGGAACAAAUGACAAAAUCUACGACUAAACAGCAGCAGGGUGUAGCUUGCAAUUCGUUGCCUACAAAAGGUCGCACCUGGAAAAGCGUACAAGGGACUCGUGAGAGAGGAAAGCAAAAACAAGUAUUUAAACCCAGGUACGUUGACAAAACAGGAAAACUUCACCAUGGUUCAUGGGUUCUUGGUGUUGAGAAGUCGAGAGAAUGCAAGAUUCACACAAAACGAACCUGUGACAUUAGAUCAACAAGUCGCUGUCCCUUUGCACAUUCGUGGAGAGGGGAUACUCUCCAGUAUGUGUGUACCAUGUGCACACGAAAUACCAAGCCUGUUUGCAAAGAAAGGAACAAUCACGAAAUGUAUAUUUGGAAUUUAGGUCCAUACUAUAAGGAGGAUGGGACGAUUUGGAAAGACCCGCCACAAUAACUCCUGAAGUUUGCACUUUGACUUUGAACCAUUGCACAAGAUGGGUGCAUAAAAAAGUCAUUUGUCAGACAGAAUUCAAAUUGGAUUAGUAUGACCACGAAUUAAAUGAAGUAUUUUAAGCAUACGCAUUUUUAGAACAAUUUUUCUGGUUGUUGGUAAAUUCAUAUCUGUUCCUUGAAAUAAUCUAUGUUAGAUAUCAUUGAGAAACAUUUUGUGUAUUUUGACACACUUGGUAACUAUAUUGUCACUACUAACAGUGGUUUUGCAAUUUAAAAUAAACUUUAC